GCCAUAUAUAUAACAAGCUGACGCCCGUGGUUAUAGGUAAUAUUGGUUAUUGUGCCAAAUUGUGGGCUAUACCCCCAUUAACAUUCAAUCAGUCAUUCCGGUGCCAGCCAAUGAAUGGUGGAGAGGGAUGGAGGAGGACGGAGCUGCUAGACUGAGCGUUUUGACGCGCUGAGAGGAGGACAGAGCGUCGCAUCUCUCCAAACGCCCAUCAAACUUUCACCACAGCAUGUAGAGAGGACCCAGUCCUCUGAAAGAGGCCUGUUAGAGACAAGAAGGACACGCUGGAUUCUGGGCAGACGGCUGGACAGCGAUGGAGACACUACUGGCAAUUACUUUUGGUACAGUUUGACCCUGCUGCGAUUCCCCUGAAAACAUCUUGUUCCGUUUUUUCGUCCUUUUUGCGACAGAUCGACAGGGAUGGAGCAAGCACCCAGCGCGCCGAGCCCUCCUCCAAAAUCGACCCAUCACGAGCCCAUCAGCUUCGGCAUCGACCAGAUCCUGGGAGCUGGUACAGAGCCAGAAAACGGGCGCGCGUCUGGAAGACAAAGUGGAUCCGAUUUAAGCAACGGGGACGGUUAUUACAGUUUAGGAAGCCCGACCGGGGCAAGCGCGCCCUCAUACACCGCGCUGUCUAUCUCCCUCUCCGGUAUAAUGCCUCCGGUGGAGGCGUCAGGUUCAUAUGGGGAAAGCAGGAGUCUGGGAAGCCGGGGAGUAAUUCGAGUCCCGGCCCACAGACCCAUGACAGCGCCGGGACCCCAGGCCCCCGUCCAGAGCGCUGUCCCUGGGUUUGGAGGGCUGUGCUUCCCCUGGAUAGGAAACAGGUUCGCCAAGGACAGAAUAUCAGCCCUGGUGCCGUUCGCCGUUACGCGGCGGAUAGGACACCCGUACCAGAACCGGACACCGCCCAAACGGAAAAAGCCCCGCACGUCUUUCUCCAGAGUUCAGAUCUGCGAGCUGGAGAAGCGCUUCCACCGGCAGAAGUACCUGGCCAGCGCCGAGCGGGCAGCCCUGGCCAAGAGUCUGAAAAUGACAGACGCACAGGUCAAAACCUGGUUCCAGAACCGCAGGACCAAGUGGAGGAGACAGACAGCCGAGGAGAGGGAGGCGGAGCGUCAACAGGCCAAUCGCCUCAUCCUGCAGCUGCAGCAGUCCGCCCUCCAGAAGUCCCUCAGCGAAUCAGCGGUGUCGGAUCCACUGUGCGCGCAUAACUCCUCCCUGUAUGCCCUGCAGAACCUCCAACCCUGGGCCGAGGAGAGGGAAUAGAGAACAGACACCACGCUGUAAUCAAUAAGCACCAUCUAAUAUCCCUGGGAGGAUACAUACAUUAAAUUAGGCCUACAUGAGGACAGUGGGACUAACCUUGAUCCAUGCAAUGGAUAAAAAAAA